AUGGAGUUCUUGAUGCUGCAAACGCUGAACAAGAUCGUACCAAAUAUGAUGGAUCACAAACAUCUCAGUCUCUUAGAAGAAGAAGUCAGCGACAUCUUUGCUAUGGCUACAGUUUUAGAUCCACGUCUGAAACUAAAACUUGCAGAGUUUUGUUUUGGUAAAGUUGACAAGAACUCUCUGGAAAGAAAGAUGAAACAUUUGCGUGAAAAACUGCAGACCUUGCUUAGCGCCUAUGAGAACAAGGAAACAUCGAAUUCUCCUUCUGCAGAGACACAUGAAGCUGCUCCAGACCAAGUUGCUGAGGAUGAAGAAAGUGGAAAUUUCAGCAAUUAUGAUGACUUCUUUUCAUUCUGCAAAGCAAAUGUUGUUGUUAGUGGAAAAUCACCACUGGAGAUAUACCUCGAAGAACCACCUAUAGACGGAAAGGUGUUUGCGAGUUUGGAUAUCUUGGACUAUUGGAAAGAAAACUCGAAACGUUUUGGUGCAUUGGCUUUAGUGGCGCGUGACCUUCUUAGCAUACCUAUCACAACCGUAGCUUCUGAAUCGUCUUUCAGCAUUGGGUCCCGAAGGAAGAUGAAGAAUAUGUUGAUGAUGAGACAUAACCAUCCUUUGAAUCCAUUAUCGAUGAAGAAGAUGACGCUUGAGGAGAAUCGUUUUAUUAGUGUUUCAGUUUAG